AUCUUUGACUGCUUAGUGGCGCCAUCUGAGUCACCAAAUCAACGUUUCACUGGAGGGAACUGGCCUCGCCUGAGCGUUUUUAAAUUCACGUUCGGUUUUAUCAGUUUCUUUUGUUUGUAAACAAUGUCCGAUAGUGGGGAGCCCUUACGUCGUUCCACGAGGAUCAGAACGAAAGUCAGCCUGAGUGAUAAUGAAGAACCAUUAACUCCAUCAAAAACUAGAGGGAUCCAGACACCUUCGUCAAGGCUCAGACCAAGAAGAAACAGUGGACCCAGUGGCAGCCAACCUUCUACUCCCGCCAAAACACCUGGUACGAAGAAUGGAAGGCUGAGAAAAACAAGUUCCACAAGUGUUGAGUCCGAACCAUUGCCAAGUCAAAGAAAAGAAGAACUCGAAAGGGAGCUCGAAACGAUCGAGGAAGACGUCCAAAAGCCUAAAGAGCUCUUCGACAAUGACGAUAUCAGUGGCACUAAGAUAUAUGGGUUCCAAACUCCCUCUAGAAAGAACGCCAUGGCCCAAAAAGCACUUCAAUCCCGGACUCCGGCACGACCUGCCACUCCGGAAUCCCGAACUGUUCGCGUACUGGUACAUAAAAUUGAUCCUACGGCACCACCAAAAUCAAUCUUAUCUAACAACUCCACAAAAGAUCCACGGACGAUGAAGAGACAGGUUUAUUUUCCCAGUGAUAGUGAAAGUGAAAGUGUCUCAGAGGACAGUGAAUACGUCCCCUCGAAUAAUGAAGAUGAGGAAGAUGAUGAAGAGGACGAAGACAAAGAAGGGGAGAAUGGAACUGCUGAAGAUUCUGAGGACGAUAACAACAGUGAGGAUGAAACACCGAAGAAAAAUUUAAAAAGUUUCAAAAGGAAAGUUCCAGUGCCGAUCACUCCUUGUAGAAGAGGAAGAUCAAAAAAUAACAUAGCAUAUCAAGAUUUCACCUUGAAGACCGAUGAAUACUUUUCGAGCCAAGCUGAGAAGGUCCUCACAUCAGACCGUACCUUAAACCGUCUGAAGACUCCUCGUCUCAACCAGGAAAAGCUCCAAGAGCUUCUCAGCAAUCAGAACCACAUAUCAAAAACUCACAAAGAUGGAAUCCAGAAUUUGGCGAACAGUUACAGAUCAAUGUUCCCCAUGUGGUACCACGUGAUGGAGGAGGGUUAUAGUAUCCUGCUGCAUGGUCUAGGUUCAAAGCGAACCCUGAUAAACGACUUCCACAAGGAAAUAAUCGUAGACCAUCCCACACUAGUUGUCAAUGGUUUCUUUCCCAGUUUGACCAUCAAAGACGUUCUCGAUGGGAUAAUAACAGACCUGCUGAGUCUAGAUCCUCCCGCUAAUGCUAACGACUGCUUCAACAUCAUCGAGGAGACCAUGAGGAAGAAUCCAGACGACAAAUUGUACUUAUUGGUCCAUAACAUUGACGGAGCCAUGCUGAGGAACAAUAAAUCACAAGACACGCUGUCUCGUCUUGCUGCAAUAAAAAAUGUGAGACUGUUGGCUUCUGUGGAUCACAUCAACGCCCCCUUGAUCUGGGACAACGUCAAGAGAUCUAGGUACAAUUUCUACUGGUGGGACGCUACGACUCUUCUUCCUUACGAAGCUGAAACCUCGUACGAGGGCUCAUUAAUGGUUCAACAGAGUGGAGCACUUGCUCUCUCAUCUCUCCACAACGUAUUCGCUUCGUUAACUACUAAUGCCAAAGCUAUUUACAUUAUUCUGGUCAAGCACCAGAUCGAAAAUGGCAAAAGUAAUCUCUAUCCAGGAAUGGCCUUCAAGGACCUGUACAGGGGUGCCAGGGAGGGCUUCCUCGUGAGUUCUGAUUUGGUUCUGCGAGCUCAGUUGACUGAAUUCAUCGAUCACAAACUCGUAAAAACUAGAAGAAAUGUCGACGGAGCCGAGUAUCUGGUUAUUCCAUUGAAUAACUCGCUUUUGAAAAAGUUUCUGGAGGAGCAUGGAGAUGAGUGAUAAAAAUCAGUAAUAAUUGUUGAUCAAGAAUAGAACAGUGUGAUUAUCUGAAGGAUUUCUACGGUCCGUAAUUACGAAUCAUUUGUAGAUUCGUGUAUUUUUGAUAAUUUGUAAAUUAUUUGGAAUUAUAUUUUUAUACCUACUUCACAUAUAUUUAA